AAGCUAUUGGCGAUGAUCACGCCGUCUAUUACAAUUGAAUAGAAACAGUUGUGCUGACGUCUUCUUCAAACUGACUUGCAGAACUCCUAGUGGCACCAUGUAAUGGUGGGGUCCAUCAUUUGUUUGAUCACCAAAUUAACGGUGGCUGGCUGUGAAGAUGGUAAAAAGCAAGAGCUGAGAUGACAUCAAGGUUUAAGAGCCAUUAUAAAUACUCUUUACCAGCCAUUCUAUAUAUGUACUCUUUACCACCUCGUACCCACCGUCUUCUCAAAUACCACUCAAAUACAAAACCAUACAUCAUUUCACAAACAGAAAAAGCUGAUUUCUUUUGUUAUUUUCUUCAACCAAUUCCACUACCUUCGCAAAUAUACCAUCACAAUACUCAUUACCUUGUACAACCACACCGCAUAGUUUUCUCUCCAAAUUUUACAUCUUUUUGCUAUCAUAUCCAGCUUGAAAAUGUCUACUGGAAUCUGUAGAACUCCGGUUUCUGGAUCUGGCUAUGUUGGCCUGACGACCAACUUUUCUAAACUCCUUCCGGCUAAGGAUUUUACUAUUGGGUUUUCCAGCAAAAUUGCCUCUAGUGGUUUCAGGACUCAGUGUAUGCAGACAUGGACUCCGAUCAACAACACGAAGUUCGAGACACUCUCCUACCUGCCUCCUCUCUCAGAUGACUCAGUUGCAAGGGAGGUUGACUACAUGCUUAAAAAGGGAUGGAUCCCUUGUCUCGAGUUUGAUGAGGUGGGGAGAGUGCACAGGGAGAAUAGUCGCAUUCCAGGCUACUAUGAUGGAAGGUAUUGGACACUGUGGAAGCUGCCAAUGUUUGGCUGCACCGACGCCUCUCAGGUACUGAAAGAAAUCCAUGAGUGCAAAAACACAUACCCAAAUGCUUAUAUACGCUGUCUGGCAUUUGACAACAAGCACCAAGGUCAGUGCAUGGCCUUUCUCAUUCAGAAGCCUACCACUAAAAGGGCCUAAGGAAUGAGUUUUCUCUCAGUUCCUCUAUAGAGCCUUUUGGAACUUUAUGUUUUAGAUGGUUGUUGUUCUUGUUUCUCUUAACUCUUCUGUGGCACGGUUUUUGUUGGUUUACCACUAUCUUCGUUGCCUGUUUCAGGAGGAUUUUCAAUAUAAUCAGUACUCUUUGUUAUUAUUUACAAUUGCCAUGUUAUGACAUUUGCUGCUGUGUUUUCAUGGUUCAAUAAUAGCGCUUCUGUCUCUUCCUCCU